AUGACAAAUCUUUCUAAACUUGAAUUUGUUGCCCUGGAUAUAUCGGGCAAAAGCUACGUGUCUUGGGUACUUGAUGCUGAAAUUCAUCUUGAUGCGAUGGGUCUGGCAGACACCAUCCAAAAUAAAAAUCAGGCAUCAAAUCAAGACAAUGCCAAGGCAAUGAUAUUCCUCCGCCAUCACCUUGAUGAGGGCUUGAAAUUGGAAUAUCUCACUAUUAAAGAUCCUUUUAUGCUGUGGAAUAAUUUAAAAGAUAGAUAUGACCACCUGACGAGGGUCAUUCUUCCACAAGCACGUUUUGAUUGGAUCCAUUUGAGGCUACAAGAUUUUAAAUCUAUCUGUGAGUAUAAUUCCUCAAUGUUUAGAAUUAUAUCUCAGCUGAAAUUAUGUGGUGAAAAUAUCACUGAUAAUGAUAUGCUGGAGAAAACUUUCACCACUUUCCAUGCCUCGAAUGUGCUCCUGCAGCAGCAAUAUCGAGAGAUGGGGUUCAAAAAGUAUUCUGAACUAAUUUCACAUCUUCUUGUAGCCGAACAAAAUAAUGGAUUAUUAAUGAAAAAUCAUGAAAGUCGACCUACUGGUUCUAGUCCGUUCCCUGAAGUGAAUGAGACUAACUUUCACCAAGCUAAGCGUGGAACAGGCCGUGGCCCCAAUCCUCGUUGUGGCCCUAGCAGUGGUCAUGACCGCGGUGGAGGGAAAAGCUAUAAUCAUGAUGAUCGCCUUGCACCAAAUAAAUCCCUUCUUUUUGAAGGAUGA